ACAGCGCGUCGGCGACGAAUCCACUGAUUUGCGAUUAUGUAAUGUCAAAAUACGGACUUAACGACAGAAAACCUCCUAGCGCCGUAAAAAUCACGCUGGAUAUUUCCUUCUCCAUCCUCAACGCGUUACCAAAAAGUUUCUGCCAUCGGUUUAAGACCACAGUAUGGUUUCGCAUGUUCUCUUCGAGUCCGCCUCUGGCUAUGCUAUCUUCGAGGUCAAACUGCAAGAUGCUCUCGGCUCGUCAACGAAGGCUCUUCAAGACUCGAUUGACGACCUGGCGAGAUUUGGGAAGAUGGUGAACCUUCUCAGUUUUGCUCCGUACAAGAGCGCGGCACAUGCUUUGGAGAAUGCAAAUGAUAUCUCUGAGGGCAUUCUCAACGAGCAUCUGCAGUCGCUGCUUGAGCUCAAUCUUUCCAAGCCAAAUAAGAAAUCCAAAGUUGUCCUCGGUGUCUGGGAACCAACUCUUGCGUCCUCUAUUAAGAGCACCCUUAGCUUUGACUGCAACACAGAUGAAGUGACCAAAGACCUCAUUCGUGGCAUUCGGCUGCAUGCCCCCAAGCUCCUCAAGGGCCUCCAAGCAGACGACCUUAUUAAGGCUCAGCUUGGUCUGGGUCACUCCUACUCUCGCGCAAAAGUCAAAUUCAACGUGAACCGUAUCGAUAACAUGAUCAUCCAGGCCAUUGCCCUACUAGACCAGCUGGACAAGGAUGUCAACCUCUUCUCGAUGCGCAUUCGCGAGUGGUACGGCUACCACUUCCCCGAACUUGUUAAGCUCGUCCCGGACAACUUCCAAUACGCAUGCACGGCACAGUUUAUUGGGGCGAAAGAGAAACUUAACGAGGAGAAGCUGCACGACCUCUCUGCCAUCCUUGACGACGAUAUGACCCGCGCUCAGAAUGUCCUUGACGCCGCGAGGAACUCUAUGGGCUCAGCUCUGGCCGACAUCGACAUGCUCAACGUCAUGGCCUUUGCGACUCGCGUGAUCUCGCUCGCAGAGUACCGCAAGUCACUCACAGCGUACCUCUCGGAGAAGAUGAACCAGGUCGCACCGAGUCUGACUGCGCUCCUCGGUGAGCGUAUUGGCGCUCGGCUCAUCAGCCACGCUGGCAGCUUGACAAAUCUAUCCAAAUAUCCGGCGAGUACCGUGCAGAUUCUGGGCGCGGAAAAAGCGCUUUUCCGUGCGUUGAAGACCAAGGGUAACACACCCAAGUACGGCCUUAUCUACCACUCAUCCUUCAUUGGCCGUGCGGGUCCCAAAUUCAAGGGCCGCAUCUCGCGCUUCCUCGCGAACAAGUGCUCAAUAGCAUCACGUAUCGACUGCUUCUCUGAAAAACCUACACCUGCGUUUGGUGAGGUCCUCCGCCAACAGGUCGAGGAGCGCCUCAACUUUUUCGAGACGGGCGAACCACCGGCGAAGAACACGGACGCGAUCCGCAAGGUACUUGAUCGGCUCGCGCUUGACGACGACGAGUCCGACGAUGAGGAUGCGCCAGCGUCGAAGGAACUAGCACCGCCACCGAUCGAACCGUCGUCUAAGAAGGACAAAAAGAAGAAGCGGAAAGCUGAGGCCGAGGAGGAUAUCGAGAUGGAGGAGGACGCGCCACGGAAGAAGGUCAAGCUGUCUAAAGAGGACAAGAAGGCGCUCAAAAAGGAGGAGAAGAGGCGAAAGGAGGCAGAGGAGGGCGUAGAGGGCGAGGAGAAGGAUAAGAAAAAGGCCAAGAAGGACAAGAAGGAGAAAAAGAAGAAGAGCGAAGAGUAAAUGGCCCUCCUUUUGUCGUUAUAUGCUGUCGUCCGUACCCUGGUCUUUCUAUCUGUCUUGUUGUAUCUUACACUGCCGAAGUAUCCCUUAUUUGUUCUCCGGCCUUUUCAGGGAUACUGUGGACCCUCCUUCGUAUCGUGCAGUCGACGUGGUACGACAACGAGUGGGUCAACAAAAAUCAUACGACGUCUACUGAUAGUUAUUCCCCAAGGGAAUAUUGAAGUGGCGGUAUCAGAUCGAACGCGGCAGGCGUUAUCAUCCACCUUACUAGGCCGUCGAAUCUCACACAAGUUUGCUGCUGCUUUGCAUCUCUACAUAUCGACUCUCGAAAUAUGGAGCAUGACGCCAGCGCGCCGU